AACACUGAACAUAACCUAAAAAUAAGUGUUGAAAUUCUGCUAAAUAGUAAGUGAAGAUAAAUAUUUAGCUAAUAUGAAAUCAAUUAGCAAUGACUAGCCAAUACAAGAAAUUCACGAAAUUGAUAGCAAAGUGGCCACUGGACAAUACAAAGGCUGGAAGAGAUCUUGGGAAGUUUAUAAGAGACAAAGUAAAAACAGCUUUUGAGGAAGACAGACAGAAACUAGACUCUGAGCUGUGUAACAGACAAUACAACUCUCUCAACAAAUUAGCAGACAACUACUACAGGAAUAAAUAUAAGAGGACUAGAAAUAGCACAGCUACUGGUUUGAGCACUGAAGAGUGUAAUUUAGUACUAUCUGACGAAGUUCUCAAUUAUUUGAAGGAAGAAAACAAAGGGUUUUUUCAAAAAAUUUUAAAUAAAACAAAAAAAUAAUGUGGAGACAUAUAAAACGGAUGAAAUUGCUUCUUUAUCGACAAUGCAGUACAGAAAAAAAUGCAUAUAGAGAUCACACACCUGUUAUGCUAAAUGAAGUCAUAAAACACCUUAAACCUAAAAACAAUGAAAUAUACAUUGACAUGACAUUUGGUGCCGGUGGGCAUACUAGAAAAAUACUGGAAGCAACAUCCAACUCACACAUCAUAGCCUUAGAUCGAGAUCCAAUCGCUCAUGAAAAAGCACAUCUACUUGCUAAAGAAUAUCCUAAUAGAGUCACACCUUUUUUAGGCAAAUUCAGUGAACUACCACAACUGUUAAAAUCUGCAGGAUAUGGACAAUCUAGUAUAGACGGUAUAUUAUUUGAUUUUGGUUGUUCUUCAAUGCAGCUAGAUACAGGGGAACGAGGUUUUUCUAUUAACAAAAAUGGCUAUUUAGAUAUGAGGAUGGAUGCAGGAAGAGAUCCUAAUCAAAUCACUGCAAGGGAAGUAUUGGCAACAGCUACUGAACCAGAACUUUAUAAAAUAUUUAAAAUCUAUGGUGAAGAAAAAAAAGCAGCAAAAAUAGCACAAACAAUAAUUCAAGCUAGGUAUAUGAUUAAGAACAUUGAUACUACAAAGGAACUAGUUGAUGUAGUGAAUGCAUGCACCCCAGAUGAAGUAAGAUUAGACAAACUGCAAAGGCCACAGUCUAAUGCAACAAAAGUGUUCCAAGCUCUUCGUAUAUUUGUAAACAAUGAACUGAAUGAACUAAAUUAUGGAAUGGUAUUAGCUAAAUACUAUUUAAAACUUAGUGGGAGACUUAUAACAAUAUGUUUUCAUUCUCUUGAAGACACAAUAGUGAAAAGGCAUUUAGGUGGUAAUAUAGUAAAUGAAAUAGCUAAUCCUGUCCCGCUAAAGUAUCUUAGUCCAACUUUAGUACAAAAUCAAGAUACAAUAAAUCAAUUCUUAGAAACUCCUUGGAUAAGUCUCACCAAGCAUGUGGAGAUACCAACCGAUGAAGAAGUUGAAAGAAAUCCUAGAAGCAGAAGUGCACGCCUUAGAGCUGCUAUCAAAGUUAAAUAAUUGUUCUCACACAAUUGUAAAAUGAAAUUGUAUAAACCUUGUAGCCAUUUUUAACUAAAACAAUUAAAUUAUAAUGUUACAAAAAAUAGGUGUUGAUCAUGAAAUGGACUAGCAAAUGCAAAUUAGAG